AAGCCAAUAAAGUGUACCAAGUUCUUCUCGCACGCAAAAAAUGUGACGUAACUGUUAUUUUACCUCAUCGUAUUUUAUCAUAUUAUAAAUAGAACUGACCGAAAUACACUUUACAGCUGUUUUGCAUAAUAUUUCAGCGAUCGAAUAAUUCUAAUUUUCACUUCGGUGAAUGUCAUCAUUUCAAAUACAGGUUUCGGAUCGGUUGUAUGUGUCUCGCAUUUAAUCGAAAAUGAAAUGUACAUAUUUACUGUUUGCAGACUCUGUUGAAAACACGUACGAUGAACAUGCAUUUUACUACGAACUUGAUGAAUAGUUGAUCAUGGAUCUUUGUUAAGAUGCUCGCAUUUGCGGUCAGGAAGUUAAUAUGUACUAUCGGUAUCAGUGUUCUCUUUGUGCGUAGUAGUUGUUAUCAAAGAUCAAAAUAUGUUCUAUUCAUAAAUAAUAUAGAGCAUCGGUAUCUAUUUCCAUGAAGUCUAUAGUAUAAUUAAUUUACAAUUAGCUGACACUGAAAGUGGUGGUUAAAUUGGGAAAUAUCAUAAAUGAUAACAGAACGAAUAUUCCUUGUUUUUAAAUCUUUUAUCGGCUAUUCAUUUUGGUCUAAAAUUAUAUAAUUAUAUUCAAUGUAUAUUACUUGUAAAUUACAUUAUUGAAAGCUUCAACAAAAUUUUAAUAUUUUUAUCCGUAUGCUAAUUGUGAUUAUUCUACUACAUUAUUAAAAUAUCGACGGGGCUUGACACCACCACACAGAGUAAAAUCUAUUUCUAUGGCAACAUUUACUCAAGAGGAAAUAGAAUUUAUAAAGGAACGUGGUAACGAAUAUUGCAAAAGAAUAUGGUUAGGCUUGAUGAACCAAAAUUCACCUCAGACUUUAGAUACUAAAGAUGAACAAAAGAUGAAAGAUUUAAUGAGUGCAAAAUAUGAGCUUAAAAGAUAUUAUUUGGAUCCGUCCAUGGCAAAUCAAAAUUCAAAUCAAAAAUCACAAUCAUCUAAUCCAACCAACAUUCCAAGGGUUCCACAUUCUGGAACGUCUACUACAUUAUCUUCUACUACAUCUACAUCAGCUUCAAAAACAAAUACUGUUGAAUCAGUUAAUUUUAAUAAUUUUUCGACAGAUUUUGUAGCUGAUUUCAGCAAAGUUCCUGAUCCAUUUAUAACUACUACAAUACCUGCAAAUAAACUCAGUCAACCAAUUGUACCUCAGCCAUUUUUUGCCAAUUUUGACAACAAUCCCAUUUUUAAUAGUCAAAAAAAUACAAAUAUUGAAUCCUCGAGUCCGUUCAGUCAGACUACAGGAAAUUUGACUAAUACAAUGAAUGCAAAUGGUGCACACGUACCACCAUCAGAAGAUCGUUAUGCGGCACUGAAGGACUUAGAUUCUCUAAUGAAGCAAAUACAAUUGAAAGAUGAUACUGCAACAGCAUUAAAUACAUCCACCUGGAAUGCUAAUAAUGCUUCAAAUUCACUUUGGAGUGUAGGAAAUCAAACUACAAAUGUAAUUUCAAAUCCAUUUGCAAGUGGUGAUUUAUGGCGACCAUCAAAUGUAGUUAAUAAUAAUACACAAUCAAUUGAUACAUCUCUAUAUAAUCCUAUUAAUCCUUUUAAACCAGUACAGUUUCCUAUAAAUAAUGAUUCACAGUGGGUAGGUAUUGGACCGUCUAGUAACAGAGAUGUAAUUCAGUUUAGUCAAUUAAUGACAAAUAAAGUGUGGCAACCGACUCUUCCAGCAUAUCAUGCAAAUCCAUUUAUGGUUGGUUCUGGUGUGAGCAACAUGACAAGAAAUUCGAACAAUCCUUUCUUAUGAUUAAAUAAGCAUAAGUUUUUAAUGGAAUUACGAACAAAUAAUAUAGACCUAAAAUAUGUUUAGUUUAGGGCGAUUGUUUAUAUACGUGACCUUAUUGGCAAUUAGUGCCAUUAACUUUUAUCUACAGGAGCACCAAUCUCUUAUAUGAUUAAAUAAUACUUUUAUUUAUGAAUAUAAUAUACACGUUAAAUAAAGAUUAAUAUUUGUUACCAA